AAAAGUUACGCCUGAACAUUGUGGCACAUUGUGGCAAAAAAAAAACGAAGAAAAAAGAUUACAACAGGCAAGUUUGAAAAGAAGAGAACUCCGCUUAGAUAUUUGCCCACAGGUUCCACAGGGUAUAAAGGCAUGCAUAGGUUGAGGUAAGUAGUGUGACACUUCGAGGCACCUGGCAAGCAGUGAGAGGACCAAUCAAUCUCAACUCUUCCCCGCUCACCGAAUGACUACCCCUGCAACAGGUUAGAAGAUAAUCAAAAUAACAAUAAUUGACGAAGUUAACUGCAACAGUAAUGCCAUCCAACAAGUUUUCUUCAGCCAUCAUGGUUGAGAGUGACAAGAUGACGGCAACAGCUGAGGUGAAUGGGGACAUUCCUGCAGCCGAGGGACCAUCAGAGAACGACAGUGGCGCAGAGAUGACCAAUGAGAACAGCCCGCUGACCGCUGCUGAGCCGCCCUCCCCCUUCAGCCCCAAGCAGAACGGAGACGCUGCCUCACCUGCAGACUCAGAUGUUAACCAGUUGUCUGGGAGCAGGAAGAGAACCAGGAAGAGGUCCUCUGAGGAGGAGGAGUGCAGCUGGGACUCCUCCUAUAGUGAGCAGAAGGCCAAGGUAGUAGGAGUGGGGGGCUCGGAGUCUGGCUCGGGUCUGAGACAGAGACCCUCUCCCAGGACCAUCUUCCAGGCCGGUCUGCUGGCCCCUCACAGCAAACCACGCAGCCGCGAGCAGAGAAGGGGAGGACGCCAGAACAAGCUGGAGCACCACAGCAGUCCUCUGAGCCUGGCCUGCAGUGUUGGCCCCGGGCCCCUGGUGUCCGUGGUCCCUGAGAGCCCCUCCCUGGAGCUCCUGGAGCAGGACUCUAAGGAUUCGGCCCAGAGCACCUCUACCUCCUCCACCUCCCUGGCCUCCAACACCACAGAGCCUGCCUGCCAGCCAGAGUACAAGGACAACAAGGGUUUUGGCAUUGGGGAGCUGGUGUGGGGGAAGAUCAAGGGUUUCUCCUGGUGGCCAGGCAUCGUGGUCACCUGGCGCGCCACGGGCAAACGACAAGCCACUCAUGGCAUGAGGUGGCUGCAGUGGUUCGGUGAUGGCAAGUUCUCUGAGGUUUCAGCUGACAAACUGGACUCCAUCACUGCUUUCCCCAAGUUCUUCAACCAAGCCUCCUACGCCAAGCUGGCAUCCUACCGCAGGGCCAUCUUCCAGGCACUGGAGAUGGCCAGUCUGCGUGCUGAGAAGCCAUUCCCUCCGUGUGAGUCAGAGGGGCCAGAGGACCAGGUCAAGCCCAUGCUGGACUGGGCCAAAGGGGGCUUCCUGCCUAAGGGCCAUGAGGGCCUCAAACCCACAGAGAACCCUGACAGCAACCCGUUAAACCACAAAAUGUUGGACGUCAGUCUGCUAGAGUAUUUCCCCACAGCCAAGAGGCCCCGCAUCAGCCUUUGUAAGGCCAAGAGCAGCCCAGAGGAGGUCUACAGUAGAGAACAAAUGGUGCAUGAAGUUUUGAAGAAUAACAGAAGUAUAGAAGAGUUUUGCCUCUCAUGUGGGAAAACACAAGCGGCAACCUUCCACCCACUUUUUGAAGGAGGCCUUUGCCAAGCAUGCAAGGAUGUGUAUCUUGAGAUCUCCUACAUGUAUGAUGACGAUGGCUACCAAUCGUACUGUACCGUGUGCUGCGGGGGCCGCGAGGUACUACUGUGUGGGAACGCCAACUGCUGCAGGUGUUUCUGUGUAGAAUGCCUGGACAUUCUGGUAGGCGCGGGGGCGUCGAACAGUGCCCGUAACCUGGACCCGUGGCGCUGCUACAUGUGCCAGCCCCUGCAGCCCUACGGUGUGCUCAAACAACGCCACGAUUGGAGCAUGAAGCUGCAGGAGUUCUUUAUCAACGACAAUGGCCAGGAGUUUGAAAGCCCAAAGAUCUACCGGGCUGUCCCUGCAGAUCAGAAGCACCCCAUCCGCGUGCUCUCAUUGUUUGAUGGCAUCGCCACUGGCUACUUAGUGCUACGAGACCUAGGAUUCAAAGUGGACAAUUAUAUUGCAUCAGAGGUGUGUGAGGAUUCCAUAUCGGUGGGGGUCGUCCGACAUGAAGGAAGAAUCCAGUACGUGCACGACGUGCGCAACAUCACCAGAAAAAAUAUAGAAGAGUGGGGACCAUUUGACCUGGUGAUAGGAGGAAGCCCCUGUAACGACCUAUCUAUCGUCAACCCCGCCAGGAAGGGACUGUACGAGGGCACAGGGAGGUUGUUCUUUGAGUUCUACCGCCUGCUGAGUGAGGCCAAGCCCAAGGAGGGCGAGGACCGCCCAUUCUUCUGGAUGUUCGAGAACGUGGUCGCCAUGGGCGUCAACGACAAGAGGGACAUAUCUCGUUUCCUCGAGUGCAAUCCAGUGAUGAUCGAUGCCAUUGAGGUGUCUGCGGCUCACAGGGCUAGGUACUUCUGGGGCAACCUACCAGGGAUGAACAGGCCUCGGUGUGCAUCUGGGAUGGACAAGCUAGAGCUACAGGACUGUCUGGAACAUGGCCGUGUGGCUAAGUUUGGAAAGGUGCGCACCAUCACCACACGCGCCAACUCCAUCAAGCAGGGCAAAGACCAGCACUUUCCCGUCAUGAUGAAUGGCAAAGAGGACAUCCUGUGGUGCACCGAGCUGGAGAGGAUCUUUGGCUUCCCGGUCCACUACACAGAUGUGUCCAACAUGGGCCGCGGUGCCAGGCAGAAGCUUCUGGGGAGGUCCUGGAGCGUACCUGUCAUCAGACACCUGUUUGCCCCUUUGAAGGACUACUUUGCAUGUGAAUAGUGCCCUCCCUAACCAACCUCUCUGUAGUUCCACACCUCUCUCUACUGCUACCCCAUGAGGAGGAUCUGCAAAUCAAAUCAAAUGUAUUUAUAAAGCCCUUUUUACAUCAGCUGAUGUCACAAAGUGCUAUACAGAAACCCAGCCUAAAACCCCAAACAGCAAGCAAUGCAGGUGUAGAUCUGCACCCUUUGGCCUCCUCCAAUCAUGAGGCUGAGGAGUAGGACACAAGAUCGUGCGGGUACACAUGGUGACUCCGCUCUCACCCCUCUCCGUUCAGCCAUGAUGUUUUCUUCCAACACUCUAAAAAUACCCUACACAAAAAAAUCUAAGGAGCCAGACCUGCUUUUCACUGAGCGAAACCAGCACUGAUAAGGGGACCAUUUGAGGGUCUUACUUUUAUAGCCUUCCUUUUAACAAAAGGCUGGUCUGAGAGUGACAUGGAAAGUACCACUGAUUGUCAAUCAGAAGUGCCAAUGCUAAGUUAGACAAUCUUGUUAUCCCCUGGUAGGCAAAAGCCAAAGUGUUAUUUUAGGGUUUUAAGGCUUUAUACACUGCUUUUACUUCUUAACAAAUUACUUCCCCUCAUGUUGUUUUUGAGUGGAUUUGUUGUGAUCACAAAGUCAGACAUAUAUAUAUAUAUAUACACUGCUCAAAAAAAUAAAGGGAACACUUAAACAACACAAUGUAACUCCAAGUCAAUCACACUUCUGUGAAAUCAAACUGUCCAUUUAGGAAGCAACACUGAUUGACAAUAAAUUUCACAUGCUGUUGUGCAAAUGGAAUAGACAAAAGGUGGAAAUUAUAGGCAAUUAGCAAGACACCCCCAAAAAAGGAGUGAUUCUGCCGGUGGUGACCACAGACCACUUCUCAGUUCCUAUGCUUCCUGGCUGAUGUUUUGGUCACUUUUGAAUGCUGGCGGUGCUCUCACUCUAGUGAUAGCAUGAGACGGAGUCUACAACCCACACAAGUGGCUCAGGUAGUGCAGUUCAUCCAGGAUGGCACAUCAAUGCGAGCUGUGGCAAAAAGGUUUGCUGUGUCUGUCAGCGUAGUGUCCAGAGCAUGCAGGCGCUACCAGGAGACAGGCCAGUACAUCAGGAGACGUGGAGGAGGCCGUAGGAGGGCAACAACCCAGCAGCAGGACCGCUACCUCCGCCUUUGUGCAAGGAGGUGCACUGCCAGCGCCCUGCAAAAUGACCUCCAGCAGGCCACAAAUGUGCAUGUGUCUGCUCAAACGGUCAGAAACAGACUCCAUGAGGGUGGUAUGAGGGCCUGACGUCCACAGGUGGGGGUUGUGCUUACAGCCCAACACCGUGCAGGACGUUUGGCAUUUGCCAGAGAACACCAAGAUUGGCAAAUUCGCCACUUGCGCCCUGUGCUCUUCACAGAUGAAAGCAGGUUCACACUGAGCACAUGAGCACAUGUGACAGACGUGACAGAGUCUGGAGACGCCGUGGAGAACGUUCUGCUGCCUGCAACAUCCUCCAGCAUGACCGGUUUGGCGAUGGGUCAGUCAUGGUGUGGGGUGGCAUUUCUUUGUGGGGCCGCACAGCCCUCCCAUGUGCUUGCGAGAGGCAGCCUGACUGCCAUUAGGUACCGAGAUGAGAUCCUCAGACCCCUUGUGAGACCAUAUGCUGACACAUGCACAUUUGUGGCCUGCUGGAGGUCAUUUUGCAGGGCUCUGGCAGUGCACCUCCUUGCACAAAGGCGGAGGUAGCGGUCCUGCUGCUGGGUUGUUGCCCUCCUACGGCCUCCUCCACGUCUCCUGAUGUACUGGCCUGUCUGCUGGUAGCGCCUCCAUGCUCUGGACACUACGCUGACAGACACAGCAAACCUUUUUGCCACAGCUCGCAUUGAUGUGCCAUCCUGGAUGAACUGCACUACCUGAGCCACUUGUGUGGGUUGUAGACUCCGUCUCAUGCUAUCACUAGAGUGAGAGCACCGCCAGCAUUCAAAAGUGACCAAAACAUCAGCCAGGAAGCAUAGGAACUGAGAAGUGGUCUGUGGUCACCACCUGCAGAAUCACUCCUUUUUUGGGGGUGUCUUGCUAAUUGCCUAUUUCCACCUUUUGUCUAUGCACAACAGCAUGUGAAAUGUAUUGUCAAUCAGUGUUGCUUCCUAAGUGGACAGUUUGAUUUCACAGAAGUGUGAUUGACUUGGAGUUACAUUGUGUUGUUUAAGUGUUCCCUUUAUUUUUUUGAGCAGUGUAUAUAUAUAUAUUUUUUUAUAUAUAUUUUAUUUUUGCAUUUUCCAAUUAAGAACAUUCAAGACAAAAGUGAAAAGAUAUUAGACAACAAUAGGACAAAGUGACAGUAACAGACGAGCGUAACAAAGAAAAAAUAAAACUAAUUAUAUAUACAAACAUCCAGUAAAAAAAUUAAUAAUAAUGAGACAUUUGGUCAUUGAGUGAAUGCUGGCACAAUUUGCCAGCAGUAGGCUACAUAUUAUACAUUACGUGUGAAACAUUAUAUAAGGAUUAUAUAGAGAUUCAAUCAAUGUGAUGUGGGGGGAGAUUCUCCAUAUAGUCAAAAGGUUGCCAAAUUCUGGGCCUCCCGGGUGGCGCAGUGGUCUAGCGCCACCAGAGUCUCUGGGUUCGCGCCCAGGUUCUGUCGCAGCCGGCCGGGAGGUCCGUGAGGCGACACACAAUUGGGCUAGCGUCGUCCGGGUUAGGGAGGGUUUGACCGGUAGGGAUAUCCUUGUCUUAUUGCGCUCCAGCGACUCCUGUGGCGGUCCGGGCGCAGUGCGCGCUAACCAAGGGGGCCAGGUGCACAGUGUUUCCUCCGACACAUUGGUGCUGCUGGCUUCCGGGUUGGAGGCGCGCUGUGUUAAGAAGCAGUGCGGCUUGGUUGGGUUGUGCUUCGGAGGACGCGUGGCUUUCGACCUUCGUCUCUCCCGAGCCCGUACGGGAGUUGUAGCGAUGAGACAAGAUAGUAAUUACUAGCGAUUGGAUACCACGAAAAUUGGGGAGAAAAGGGGAUAAAAAAAAAUUUAAAUUAAAAAGUUGCCAAAUUCUGUAAAAUGUCUAACCCUAUCCUCAAGCAGUUAUGCCACACUGAUUUUCUAAAACUAGAGAAACUUUUAUAUAAGAAUUUAUAGAUCUCUUUAUCAAUGAGUAGACAUUUUUGUUUCAUUUUCAUGAUGUCAACAUUGGGAAAUGUACAUGUUCUUCUCCCAAAUGCCAAUGUGACGUAAUACUUGAAUCAAUACAAAAAUGUCCAAUCGAGCUGAGAGACAGAAUGAAGAAGGCUCCGUUCUCAGCCAUGCCAAAAUACAUAAAAAAAUGUACUGUAAAAUCAAUACGAAGACGUAAAGACUUCUCAAUAUUGGACAUUUUGACAUUUGUCAUGUGCUACUGUUCUAAAGUAUCCAUAUUCUUUAACUGGAAGUUAGUUUUUGCUUUCACCAAAUAUAAGUGAGAGUUACCUCAUCAUCCAGGGCAUCUGAAAACCAUCUUGGCUAUCUGUACAAAAAGUCACUGGAAUGUUUUAUAGAAAUGGUAUACUUCAUUUUUAUACUGUAUAUAUGAAAAUGUUUACAAGAUUUAAAAAAUAUUUGAUUGGACUUUGGGAGUUUCAUUGUCCUAAUGUCAUCUUAAAUUUAUAUUUUUAAAUCUGUAAAUUUAAGUGGUUGAUAAACCCCAGUAUGGUGCAUAGAUAUCCUUCACCAUUGUUAAAGUGCUCUGGACUUCAGAUUGAAGUACAAUAUACACUUAUUUUGUCUACUCAUUUUGGCUACUUUUGUAGCCCUUUUUUUGUUUUGGUAAAUGAAUGUGGAGAAUUUGCUGUGCAGUUUUAAAAUACUGGACUUUUUUUUUUACAUAGCAUAUGUUCACAGUGGAGACCUGCCAGUUAUUUGUUUUUUACUGAGUACUACUCAGUACUACUCACUCGUUCAUGGUGCCUUUUAGCAGUCUGUUCAAAGAGCUUACGUUAGUAAAACACUGACUAUAUGUCAUAACCAGCACUUGCUUUACUUCAAAAGUUAUUUUACUAAGAUACCAAAAUACACAAGAUGUUUACAUGCUUUAUUAAUAGCACUGUAUCCUUUUAAUUUUGAUAAAUGUCAUGCUUUUGAUUUUGAAUAUUCAAAAAAAAAAAUCUAUUAUUUUAAUGGAUUUUUAUAACUACACCUUCAACAUUUUUUGUUUUAUAUACUCAGAUCUUCUGCUUACUUAAAACAAAAUCUGAAGUAGUAGCACAAUAUAUACAGUGCCUUCAGAAAUUAUUCAUACUCCUUGAUUUAUUCCACAUACUGUUGUGUUACAGCCUGAAUUCAAAAUGGAUUCAAUCGAUUUUUUUCCUUACCCAUCUACACAUAAUACCCCAUAAUGACAAAGGGAAAACAUGUUUUUAGACAUUUUUGCACAUUUAUUGAAAAUGAAAUAAUCAAUUUACAUAAGCAUUCACACCCCUGAGUCAAUACUUUGUAGAAGCACCUUUGGCAGCGAUUACAGUAAGUAUUUCUGGGUAAGUCUAAGAGACUCUCUCCACAUCUAGAUUGUGCAAUAUUUGCUCAUUAUUAUUUUUUAAAUUCUUCAAGCUCUGUCAAAUUGGUUGUUGAUCAUUGCAAGACUGUAAGGGCUGUCGUUCUCCUCCUCCUCCUCCUCAGACGAGGAGAGGAGAGAAAGAUCAGUAGACCAAUACGCAGCAUUCGGGAAAUAAGCCAUCUUUUAUUUGACACGAUGGCAACACGAAAACAAACACUUUCAAAAUUACAAAACAAGAAAACGACGUAGACGAAAAAACCUGAACAUGAACUUACAUAACUAACGUAAAACUCACGGACAGGAACAGACUACAUCAAAACGAAACGAACAACCAAACAGUCCCGUAUGGUACAUACAUAUACGAACACGGAAGACAAUCACCCACAAACAAACAGUGAGAACACCCUACCUAAAUAUGACUCUUAAUUAGAGGAAAACGCAAAACACCUGCCUCUAAGAGCCAUACCAGGCAACCAAAAACCAACAUAGAAACAGAAAACAUAGACUGCCCACCCAAAACACACGCCCUGACCAUGAACACAUACAAAAACAACAGAAAACAGGUCAGGACCGUUACAGAACCCCCCC